GCAGCGCUUCCACAGAAGGUGGCGGUAGUGCGCCUAAUAUGUUGGAUGGCCACUUACGUAAAAAAAAAACAACAGAAGAAGAAGGAAGACGGCCAAGAUGGCGGUGCCCAUGAGGAGGACACUGGUGGCUCUUCACAGAGCGACAUGCAGCAGUUUGAAGAAUGCUGAAGGGUUUUUGGAUGCAAGACAUCCUGUCCCAAAUUUCCUGCCGGUCCGGACCAAAAAGCGGUACUUUAUCCCCCCGGCAGUGGGGAUAAAGGGAAAGGAGCAACCGAAGAUAGAAGUAAAGGCCCGAGCAGCAGGCGUCGUCUUCAGACAGCAGUAUGUUGAGAGGCCCAUCAACAUCUCCUGCACUGCACAAAUCUUUGACCCCUACGUGCCCCCAGAGGGCGACGCUCGUCUUUCCAGUCUGUCGAAGGAAGGCCUCAAACAACGGACUGAACAGAUACAACGCACCGCCGCCUCACAGCUUGCGAUUCGUAAAAUCAAAGACCAUGAUGCUCAGUUCAAAUCAAGGGACUUUGCAGAACGAGCCCAAGAAAUCUUCAUUGAGGCUCACAACUGCCUGACACAGUUUUGUAGGUUCAACAAGGAAAAGCUUCACUCACUGGUGACAGAAAGGUGUUACCCUGAGAUGACGAGGGGGAACCGGUACAAGACGAUCCGCUGGACGUUUGUCGAGUCCUUGGAGCCGCCCAGAGUGGUCCACGCCCGCUGCCUCGACAUGGUCUCCAAAGACAACCUGUAUGGCCAGGUGACGGUCCGCAUGCACUCCAAGCAGACACUGGCCAUCUACGACCGCUUUGGGAGGCUGAUGCUGGGCAGCGAGGAGCAGAUGAAAGACGUCUUGGAGUACCUGGUCAUGGAACGACAUCUCACCAACCCCUACGGCCAGUGGAGAUUACAUGGAAAAAUAGUGCCAUCCUGGGCCCCUGCCAAAGACCCAGUUAUUAAGACUGUCAUGAUUCCUGGACCAAAGCUGAGGCCAGAAGAAGAGUUUGAUGCCCUCAACUACAGUAUUCCCAAACCAGAGGCGGUCCAGUGGAACAAGUAGUCCACCAGGUGGUGCUGCUGUUCUCAUCAAACCACAGUAGGACAUUAUCUGCAGUCACGUGCCAAAUGGUGUUUAAACUUUGGCUGUAGCUGCUUAGUUUGUCCAGUUUGGCAGGAAACCAGUGUUCCUUUGGAGGCUCUUAACUCUAAAUGCUGUUGGCUGUGGAAAACAGCAGCAGGUGAGUUUUAGUAUGAACAAACUGCUGCGUCCUGCAGCCAAUAAAGCUGCUUCUCUCUUCGCAGCAAAAUAUGACACAAGGGCUGCGGACAAUAACAGCUCUUACCACCAAAUUUGUUUCAUGGAUUUUUUUCCAUCAUACUAACUUAAUGUGUACAUGUAAAAUAAAUAAAAUGUAAAGAUCUCCA